AUGGCGGCUUCGGUGGUGUCGUCUCAGGUGACUGAACCCGCUGCACUGGUGGCGCAGCAAGCUCCGGUGUCGGCGCCGGCUCCGGCAGGGUUCGGGAAUAUGUCCCUGUACGUGGGUGAUCUAGACCCGACUGUGAACGAAGCGCAGCUCUACGAUCUAUUCAGCCAAGUGGCUCAGGUUGCUUCUCUCAGGGUUUGUAGGGAUCAGAGCCGAAUGCUCUCCCUUGGCUAUGCCUAUGUCAAUUACUCUAAUCCACAGGAUGCUGCUAAUGCCAAGGAGCUUUUAAAUUUUGCUCCUUUAAAUGGGAAACCGAUUAGGAUCAUGUACUCUCAGCGGGAUCCCAGCAUGCGGAAGAGUGGAUAUGCAAAUUUAUUUAUUAAGAACCUGGAGAAAUCUAUUGAUAACAAGGCGUUACUGGAAACUUUCUCUACCUUUGGGACUGUACUCUCUUGCAAGGUUGCAACUGAUGCCGAUGGUCAAUCAAAAGGAUAUGGAUUCGUACAGUAUGAUAAUGAGGAGUCCGCAAAUAAUGCAAUCGACAAGCUGCAUGGCAUGCUGAUAAAUGAGAAAAAGGUUGAUGUUCAACAUUAUGUUCGAAGCCCGAGGAAUAACAUUUAUGUGAAGAACUUGUCGGAAACAACUACAGAGGAGGACCUUAAGAAACAUUUUAAAGAAUGUGAUGGUAAAAUCACUAGUGUGAAGAUUGCGACGGAUGGACAGGGAAAGUCUAGAUGCUUUGGUUUUGUUAACUAUGAUGAUGCUAAAGGUGCUGCUUCUGCAAUUGAAAAGUUUAACGGGACAACUUUUAAUGGUAAGGUUUUGUUUGUUGGGAAGGCUCAAAAGAAAGCAGAGAGGCAAGCAGAGCUGAGAGCCAAGUUUGAACAGGAAAGAAUCAGCAAAUUUGACAAGUUACAAGGCGCUAACUUAUAUCUGAAAAAUCUUGAUGACACCAUAAAUGAUGACAAACUACAGGAGCUAUUCUCUGAAUUUGGAACAAUAACAUCAUGCAAGGUCAUGCUUGAUCAUCAAGGAAUAAGCAAGGGAUCCGGAUUUGUUGCUUUUUCUACUCCAGAGGAAGCAAACAAAGCUUUGAAUGAAAUGAAUGGAAAGAUGAUUGGAAGGAAGCCUCUAUAUGUUGCUGUAGCCCAGCGGAAAGAAGAGAGGCGAGCUCGAUUGCAGGCACGUUUUGCUCAAAUCGGAGCACCGGGUGGAAUGACACCUUUGCCAUCGGCAAUUCCUGGAUAUCAUCCUGGGGCACCUAGACUCGCCCCUCAGCAGCUGUAUUUCGGUCAAGGUGGCCUAGUUCCCCACCAGCCUGCAGGUUAUGGCUUCCAGCAGCAAAUCAUACCUGGGAUGCGUCCAGGUGUUUCUCCAAACUUCAUUCUGCCAUACCACCUUCCGAGGCCAGGUCAACCAGCUGGACAGCGAAUGGGUGUACGAAGAGGGGGGAACUUCCAACAAGUGCAGCAGCAGCAACAGUUAAUGCAUCGUAACUCCAAUCAAGGCGUGAGAUACCUGGGUAAUGCGCGGAACGGAGUGGACUCUGCUGCGUCACCCCAAGGUCUUGCGAGUCCAAUGAUGCCUUUGCCCUUUGAUGGUUCAGUGCCUGUUAGAUCAAAUGAUGUCCAGCGUACUGGGCCUGUGCCUAUGUCAAAACUUGCUUCUGCUUUAGCUUCUGCUACUCCCGAGCAUCAGCGUUUGAUGCUGGGAGAGCAACUAUAUCCACUUGUUGAGCAUAUUGAGCCAGAACUCACUUCCAAGGUCACUGGAAUGCUACUGGAAAUGGAUCAGACAGAAGUUCUCCAUCUGAUCGAGUCCCCGGAUGCACUUAAGGAUAAGGUAGCUGAGGCAAUGGAUGUGCUUCGUAAAGCAACAUCAAAGGCUGAUGUCACCGAUCAGCUUGGUGCACUGGAUCUGAACUAG